CAAGACAACGUUGGACUGUUAUGAUUAUGACUUCGCCUGCAUGGGUAUACUGUACUUAGCUAGUGUCUAUAACUGUGGAACUGUCUCGAAUUGCGUAUAGUCUAGCUACCAUAGGUCGGUUGUGUGGACGAAACAAAGAAUAUGGACAAGCACUUAAUCUAAAGCCAUUUGAAAUUCGCCUGGAAGCAUAUUACGAUAAUUUCGUGUUAAAUAAGAUUAAUUAUGUUUUAAUUUUCUGAACAAUGGAUGGAAUUUCCUGCACUCCUUAUCUUAGGUUGAGGUCUUGAGGUAGGUCUGUUGUUAAAAUAGGGUACACUGAAGGCUUAUUCAAAGUAUGUAAAAAUUUGAGUGUACCCACUUAUAAAGCUUAAACACACAUGUAAUAUUACAGCAGAUUUCUAUACAGAUAGAUCAGUUAAACUUCCUUCCUUCAUGUUGUAUUUGAAUAGGAUGACCACUUUAAUAACCCCUGGAAGUAUGACAUAUGGGGGACAGGGAUAUGACACUAUAGCAGAAAACUAAAACCAUAACAAAAUCUAGCUAGCUAUCUAUAGUGUACAAAUUAAACUUUCAAGAAUGUGCUGACCACUGACAACUGAAGUCCUUUCUGUUUUUGGUAUUUUCAUGCCACUGCAAACAUACUAACAGAUUAGCAUUUAAACUUUCUGAGGUUAGCUGGUAGGUAAGGUAUGAAGCAAACUGCUAAAAACAGUUAAACCAGUGAAAUGCAAGGUAUUUUCUUUGACAUUUAUGUGACUCAAUGACAUGCUAAAGACAUGCUAAAAUAAUACUGAUCAGUAGAAAGCAACUACCAGUUCACUCCAGAAGGAUGACAAAUAGGUGUCCAUCCAGGCAUUCUGCUGGCCAGAGGACAGGGAACUGAAAUUUGGAAAAAUGCGGCAUGCAUUAUUGCUCAUUCAGUGGUCUAAUUAUAGGAAGCUGCAUGAAUCAAAUAUGCUGAGUGUAGGCUACUACUUCACAGAUAAAUAACACCCCCAACAUCCAUAGUUUGAAGGUGCUUCAGUUGCUUUGGUUUCCUCUGUGUGUGUGGGUAUGUUAGUUGUGGCCUGUUUGGUGAACGAAUGGAGAGCGUGGUCAGGCUCUUUAUAACCACGCAAGGCCAUGGUGCAUGUGUGGCAGAGGCUGGAGUUACAAGAGGCUACGCAUGGGGGUGAUCCCUGUCUCCCCCCUCUGGUAGACAGCUGGCUGUGCAGAGUACCACGACCAGCAUGGACAUUGCCUACAGUUGUUGGUCUCUGCACUCAUCACAGCUAGUGGCUUUGGCAAUGCCAAGAGGAACAGGGAGGCCUCUGAAAAGUAUAUUUCCUACAGUGCUGGACCUCCAACCCAGUGGAUGCAGUAUUUGCGAGAGGGACACCACAUGUCUGGCGUGCCAGCCACUGGUCCUGCCAGCUGGCUGGAAGCACUGUGCAGGGGAUGGAGAAGAUGUGGAGCAGGACAGGAGACUGUCGCUGCAGUGGCAGGUGGUGGGGAACCCCCGGUCCAGAGGGGUGUGGAGGCGCUUUCACCGCUGGAAUUCCUGCUCUUGCCCCACUAUGCACACCUAUCUGUUUAUCUAACACCCCACACACACACACGCAUGCACGAACACAGAGAACUGGUACACAACUGUCACACCCACAUACACAUCUCAGACAUUUAACACUGUUGCCUGAUAGAUUGAUCAUUCAGAAAUGGUUUGUGUGUCUUCUUUUAUUUAAUGUUUAUGUAGGUAUAUGUAUAAUAACAAUGUCUUAGGAGUCGGAAGUAUGUGUACCCUGCUUCUUGAGUAAACUGCAAGAACAUAAUUUAUACAUGUAUACAGUAUAGAAAUAAACAAUCAACAAGGCCUUUGAUAAUUUGUAUCAUUUUAUUUGAUGAUAAGCCAGCCAAAGGAGUAAUGUUAUUUUUUACUGAAAAGAAAUAGAAAGAUAAUAGGACAUUUUGACACAUUUUCAGUUCCCUUUUUCUUUACAAGACAAAGUAUCAUCACAUACAUAACAAGAUACAGCUCCAGAGGUACGACAUGCUUCAAACAACAUAAUACACAUACAGAAACAAUGGCAUAGAAAGUCAACAGGUAGAAAGUGUACAAAACGCACAGCUUUUAGACCUACAAACAACGACAUAGAAGAGUUCUGGGCAAGGGAAAGGAUGUAAACAAUUCUCUCUUUUUGUUUUUGUGAAAUUCCCUGGAAAGUAAAUCUAUGCUUUUUUUCUUGUUCACUAUUAUCAAAUGCAUGUUUAAAUUGCCUAUUUUGCUACUUUUUUGAUUUUACAGUUUUGUAAGAAAAAGGAAAACAUCAUGAGUGGUCUUUUGAUUGUGCUUUCUGGUUGAAAACUGUUCUCAUGAGUCAGCUUUUAUAAAAAGAAAAAUAUUUUACACUAGGAGCUUUGUAUUUUCCAAUGAAUUAAAGUUGAAAACAAAGAAUAAAAUGAUGAUAAACCUAAGCGAACGUGUACAUGAUGAUAUAUGAAGAACUGAAUUUAUUUUCUAACAUAUUUUUCCAUGAGGGGAAAAAGCUUUUUGUCUAAGGAAACUUUAAGAAGAUUUCUGAAUGUUUCAUUAUAAAUUACCUGCACCAUGUGUGUACAUCAGAAACAAAUACCCCAUAACUUGCCAAUAACACACUGACAUUAGUCAUACUCAAAUGAUUGAUUGUCAUCACUGUUUGUUCUUUUAAACAUUUUCAGAAUUAAAAUACUCAUGUACUUUAUCUGGCAAAGGUCUGAAAAUGUCCUUAGAGUACAUUUUUAAAAAGCUGUAGAAUGUCCCCUUCUGAAUUCAACUUAAUCACAACAUAAUAAAACAAUGCACUGAUUCUUACAGGGCAACCAACAUGGAUUACAUAACAACCUAUUCCCAAUUUAUCAUACCUGAUCUGAUGCCGAAACAAUACAUUGAAUGUCUAAAGUGAAAUUAGAAACCCUGUGACAGCAGACCUUCUCAACUGUUUUUGAUAAGUGUACAUAGAACAUACUAGAAAGUAUAUGGAUACCUUAAUUAAAUCCAGGAACCCCUUAAACCUAAAUUAGAGACAAGGAGACCUGUCUUUACAUACCAGUUGGAUUUCACUGCCUAUUACAUUAAACAGUGCACACAAACAUGAUUGCUAUCACAGACUAUUAUGCUUAACAAAACACAGAAAGGAAAUCUAUCUCUAUUUUCUGCAUUCUUUUGCUGUGUCUCCACAUACCCCAAAUCUUGCCAGCAUUGCUAUUUAAUUCACACUCCUGAUUUGCUGAAUUGUUGAGACAGAGAUGGUAGUAGCAUGUAAACAACUUCCUGGAGAUGCAGAAUUCUGCUGUCCCUUUUUCUCCACAUCCUCCAUGCUCGAGUAUAUGUGUGAGCAUACUUUAGCUUACCCAGCCCUCUCUACCCUUAUUCCUACUUGGAUAUGCACAUUGACAAAGGCUUGUGGUCACCAUGGAAACUGGUUGUAGCCAUCACCAGAACAUCUUAUACAUACCUGAGUAUCCAUGAGGCAAGUGGGCAUGUAUGUUUCUGUGUGUUUGUGUUAGAAAUGGGGGCAGGGGAAAUCCAAGUACCUCUUUUUUAUGUUCAUGCUAUAUUUGCAGUGGCUUAUAUUUAGAUGUGUUCAAGAUAAUUUGAGGUAAAUAUGGAUAUGUACAUAAUGUUCAGGUUUGACCAUGGUUCUACUUCACUAGUUUCCCUUUCCAACCAAUAGCAUUUCCAGUAACAUUGCUAGUGACUGAACACCGUUUUUUUUAUCAUUAGUCAUUGCUUUUAUGGUUUGUCUGUGCCAAAUAAAAUUAUGAUAUAAACAAAAUUACAGAAAGCAUAAUAUAAGUCAAAAUGGGUACCCUCUGUAUAAAUGUCACCGAUGUUAAUAACACCUUGGUGGCAAAAACAUAACAGACGCACAACAAAUUUCUAAAGAUAAUGUCUGUAUAAAAAUAAGUCAGUCUUACUGUUUCUGUUUGCAUUUGAGAAUGUGUUGUGUGCAGGAAUGUCAGUGAUCAUAUACACACAUUGUCAUAAAGCCAGCUCUCCUAAUAGCACACACACUCACACAACCACACUCAUACUUCAUAGACAUCCAUACUUGCGAUUAAAGUAAGGCCAGUUUCUUAAGGGACAGGGGGGAUGGGUGCACUAGUAAACAGGCUAUAACAUUAAAUUGAAAGUGGGCUCUGGACAAUGGCUAGUAGGGCAGUAAAUGACUGCCCCUUUUAUUUACUUUACAGACCUGAUCUCUGUUGAGUUUUCCCAUUCCAACCUGAUUAAGCUUUGAACAAAAUUGCUUCUGUCAGAUUCUGGCAAAAGUGAAAUCUGCUUCAGCUCAUCCUGUGGAUUGACACUGCAGGCCAGUUAAAACCAGCAAAGGUUUGCCGCAAAGGGAAAGAGACAGAAUGAGAUAUGGACUGUAGUACAUCUUCAGAGUUCUGUUUUCUUCAGCAUGGCAGCACAACCUGUUUUCCAGGAAGGCCCCUAGAGGUAGCCUCCUGGUAUGGCUGAGUCAGAUGUCUCUAAAGUGACGAUGCCCUGCGCAUUUCCUUGCAAAUUUUCCAGUGUCUUUGCCUCUGUCCCUGCUCUGGCUCCCUCUA